UGAGCGUCGAGGAAAGCGUUUUUGAUUUUAGCGCAUGCGCAAAAUAUCUUUUUUUUACGAUUACAACAAACGGGAGUUAAACGGCUUCCGAAUUUGCGGCAGAUGAGCAGCUUGCCAAGACCAUACGACCUAGCAUAAUUCACAAAGCCACAAUUAUUUUCAAUGUCCAACAGCAACAGCAGCAGUAAUAGUAAUAGACGCCGCAAUAGCAGCAGCAGCACUCGUCUUAGUAGAGUAACAGCUGCGCAUGCCCAGCCUGAGUUGAGUAUCAAACGCGUUUCCCUACUAGCCAACAUGUCAAAGCUGCUGCUGCAAUGCUGCAUGGUGGUGAUUGUCAUCGCUUGCGUGAGCACAAAAGCCGGCGUGCAUGCGCAAGGUCAAGUUUCAGUAGAUGAUGAUUUUAAGCGUCUUUUGGGCAGGUGCAAAGUUGGCAGCGAAGAUUUUGACAAUUGUAUGAAGACAGUAUUCAACGAUUUACGUGCGUAUUUUCCAACAGGUGUUCCUGCUUACAACAUCAAACCGUUCGAUCCGCAUCGUUCACCUUUUGUGGAGCUACGUCGUGGCGAUCAAAAUAGUUUCGGUGGCUUCAAGCUAAUACUUCGCAAUAUAUCUGAGUAUGGCUGGUCCCAGUCGGAGGUUACCAAAUAUCGGACCGACUAUGCGAAUAAACGCAUCAUUUACGCACAGUACUUUCCGGAGAAGAGUUUAGACGGUUGGUAUGAAUUCUCGGGCAAAAUCCUGGGCACACUUGUUAAGCGCAGCGGCUUUUGGAAUAUGACGCUGUACGAUUAUAGUCAGACGACGAGUGUACGCCGAUUAGGUGCCCCCGGUGCACUUCUAAAGGUACAUGUGGAGAUUGAUCGCAUUGGCGGGUUGAAAAUGCAUGUGGCCAAUGCUUUGGCGGAAGGUCGUGAACGGUUGGAUAACUUUACUGACGGUGUUAUAAAUAGCAUGUGGCCGAUUGGCUUUCCCAUGAUCAAGCCACUCAUAAAUGAGUUGGUGAGCAGCGCUUUCACGGAUAUAUUCAAUGAAUCCUUUCGUAAAUUCCCUGUAGCAAAAUUUUUGAGUUGAUGUCGAAGCUGACAAACAGGCUGUACAUAUUUGUUAUAUUAGUUUGCUGUUUUUGUAAAUAUUAAGAACUCAUUGUUGGUCUAUCGACAAGCGAACGUAAGUAGGUUUGUAGGCGUAUGUUGUGUUUAAGUUUUUAUAAAC